UAAGACGCACAGAAACGAACCCGAAGCCGCCAGCACUCGAUUUUCGGUGUCCAACGCAAAUGGCUUCGUCAGCUGUCUCAAGACUAUCGAAUCUCCAAAGGCAUCUUCACCCUUCGCUCCCAAAUAGCAAGAUUGAAGAACUGGUGAAAUUAUCACCUGAAGUUGCUGAAGCUUUGUCGAGUGGGCGACCCGUUGUUGCCCUCGAGUCCACCAUUAUUUCUCAUGGGAUGCCAUAUCCGCAAAAUUUGGAAACUGCUAAGGAGGUGGAGGCAAUUGUGAGGGAGAAUGGGGCGAUUCCGGCUACAGUUGCCAUUUUAGAUGGCACGCCGUGCAUAGGUUUACAUAUUGAAGAAUUGGAGAAACUUGCUAAAUUAGGAACCAAAGCUCAGAAGACAGCUCGGAGGGAUAUUGCAUAUGUUGUGGCUAACAGAGGGAAUGGUGCUACUACUGUGUCUGCAACCAUGUUUUUUGCUUCAUUGGUUGGCAUCCGUGUGUUUGUCACUGGAGGGAUUGGAGGAGUUCAUAGAAAUGCUGAGCAUACAAUGGAUAUUUCUUCUGAUCUUACUGAGCUUGGAAAGACUCCAGUAGCUGUCAUUUCUGCUGGUGUGAAAUCAAUCUUAGAUAUUCCCAAGACUCUUGAAUAUUUGGAGACUCAGGGAGUAUGUGUUGCUGCCUAUAAGACAUAUGAAUUCCCAGCUUUUUUCACUGAAAUUAGUGGCUACAAGGUGCCAUGUCGUGUGGACAGCCCAGAAGAUUGUGCUCGGCUAAUUGAUGCCAACAUGAGACUUAUGCUUGGGACUGGAAUUCUUAUUACAGUUCCAAUUCCAAAAGAACAUGCUGCUUCUGGAAGCAUGAUUGAGUCUGCAAUACAGAGUGCCCUUAAGGAAGCUAGGGAUAAUAAUAUAACAGGAAAUGCUGAAACUCCCUUCUUACUUAAACGAGUGAACGAACUAACUGGAGGUGCAUCACUUGCAUCAAACAUUGCACUUGUGAAAAACAAUGCCCGUGUUGGUGCUCAGAUUGCAGUAGCUCUUACCCGGCUAAGAGACCAUUCUAAUGAAGGUGAACAUUGAUUUGUGGAUGCCAACGCGGUGCUUGUUAGUUUCGUAGACUUGCAGAUGCUUUGAUCCGGCAACGGUGAUUGCUGCCCUAGCUGCAACUUUAAGCAAGUUGGGUUCUGCGACAAAGACUUAUUUUCCGACAGACAUAUUGGAAGUGCACCAGGUUUGAGUUCGCAGUGUAGUUUACUUGCCUGGAUUGAGCAAAUUAUGAAUCAAUUAGUUGGAUUACUCCCUUUGGAGGUUGCACAAUCGAUGAAAGCAUGAUUGUGUUAUGUUUUUUGUGUUCUUUUAUGCAAUCCUUUUGCUUCAUUCUUGCAAUGUCUUUUUCCAAUUAUGUUUGACAAACCUCUGGUUAAACUGAGAAUGCGAGUUACCUGAAGCACACU